AUGCGUUCUUUCGCUGUCCUCUCCGCUGCCGGCCUCGCUGCCGCCCAGGUCACCUCCAUCAUCAUCACCAACGGCAUCACCACCACCAUCACCCUCCCCGUCUUCCCUGAGCCGACGCCCACCGCCACCGUCACCGCCACCGUCCCCGAGACGACCGUGACCGUCUCUCCUGCCCCUGUGUCAACCGUGACCGCCUCUCCCACUCUCGAGACUCUCUUGCCGAGCACCACCGUGACCGUCUCCGUCGGCACCUCUACUGUCGAGAGCGGCGUCACCACCACCACUGUCAUCAGUGUUCCUCCCGUUCCUCUUCCGACUGUCUCCGACCCCAUCAUCACCCUCAACCCCAUUACCACCAUCACCGGCCUCCCCACCCUCAACUCCACCCUCGUGACCGCCACCAGGACCUUCUACACCUCUACUCCCAACGCAACCACCUCCGGCCCCGUCGUCGUGCCCACCGCGGCCGCCGACAAGGUCUCCCUCAAGAGCUCCGCCGCCGGCCUGGUCGCCUUCGGUAUCGCCAGCUUCUUCCUGUUGUAA